AUGCGAACCUACUGUGCACUACAAAUGGACUUCGGUUGCUACGACAAGGAUUCGGGCGAAGUGGAGUGCUACCUCGAAAUACAUUGCGAUACGGGCACAUCUUGCGCUUUCACUAUACAUAUGCCAAAUCCAGAGGCAGCUGGGUGUGUGGAGAGAUUCGCAACAUUCAUGUCACUCCUUUUGGUCAUUAUCACUUUCCCAUUCUCACUAUUUGAAUGUUUUAAGGUUGUUCAAGAAUUUGAAAGAGCGGUAAUAUUUCGACUAGGAAGACUAAGGAAAGGUGGCGCAAGAGGUCCCGGACUAUUUUUUGUCCUACCAUGCAUCGAUACAUAUAGAAAAGUGGACUUGAGAACUGUAUCGUUUGAUGUUCCACCGCAAGAGGUUUUAACGAGAGAUUCCGUGACGGUAGCAGUAGAUGCAGUCGUCUAUUACAGAAUAAAAGAACCUUUAAAUGCCGUCGUUAGAGUUGCUGAUUAUAGUGCAUCCACCCGUCUUCUAGCUGCCACUACUCUGCGCAAUGUAUUGGGAAUGCGAGACUUGGCACAGCUGCUCUCCGACCGGGAAGCCAUCAGCCACAUGAUGCAGGCCAACCUAGAUGAAGCCACAGAUCCCUGGGGUGUUGAAGUGGAAAGAGUUGAAAUCAAAGACGUACGCCUCCCAGUACAACUGCAGCGUGCUAUGGCCGCGGAAGCCGAGGCAGACCGAGAAGCAAGGGCCAAAAUAAUCGCCGCUGAAGGAGAGAUAAAGGCUUCUCGGGCAUUGAAAGAAGCCUCCCUGGUCAUGGUAGAUAAUCCUAUGGCCCUUCAACUACGUUACCUUCAAUCACUGAACACGAUAUCUGCUGAGAAGAACUCAACGAUAAUAUUUCCGUUUCCUAUGGAUUUUUUAAGAAGCUUCAUGAGUCCUGGAGCAGGCACCAGUAUUACACACUCACCCUUGCCUGUUUGA